AAAUAAUUGCGAUGCAGUGUAGUAGUUGUGUUGACAGCGACCUCUAGCGGUGCGGGCCACUGGGACCAGAAGCCACCAAAAGCCAUGCCGGGCCAUCGCCUCCCCGUGUGCAGAUCCUUCUUCAGAGCCCAUGUAACGCUCAACCACAUCGCGAUGAGGCCAGCAAGCAGCGCGGCCUCCGAGCCAGAGGUGGUGCUGGCACGGACGGGCUGCGCCGGGGUGGCGCUGCUCAACCGGCCCCGCGUCCUCAACGCCCUCAACAUCUCCAUGAUCCGCCACAUCCUCCCACAGCUCAAGAAAUGGGAGGAAGACCCCGCCACCAGCAUGGUGAUCAUAAAGGGUGCCGGCGAGAAAGCAUUCUGUGCUGGAGGUGACAUCAGAGCUGUGAUGGAGUCAGGAAAGCGCGGUGACAGCCUGGCGAAGGACUUCUUCCGAGAGGAAUACAUCCUGAACCACGCUAUCGGGACGUUCAAGAAGCCGUACGUGGCGCUUAUAGACGGCAUCACCAUGGGAGGCGGCGUCGGGCUGUCGGUGCACGGGCACUUUCGCGUCGCCACCGAGCGCACGGUCUUCGCCAUGCCGGAAACCGCCAUCGGUCUCUUUCCGGAUGUCGGGGGUGGCUACUUCCUCCCACGUCUUCCGGGGCGGUUGGGCCUCUUCCUGGCGCUCACGGGAUUCCGGCUCAAGGGCCGCGAUGUGCAGCGCGCCGGCAUCGCCACGCACUUCACCGAGGCUGCUAGGCUGCCGUCCCUGGAGCAGGAGCUGGUGUCACUUUCCAGUCCCUCCCUGCAGGACGUCGCUCGGCUGCUGGACCGCUACCACCAGGAGUGCAAGCUGGAUGAGGCCAAUAAGUUCGUAUUGGCCGAGCACAGAGAGAAGAUAGACAGGCUUUUUUUGGCGGACAGCAUGGAGGGGAUCGUGGCAAACCUGGAGCGCGACGGCGGCGAGUGGGCCACCCAGCAGCUCCAGACGCUGAAGCGGAUGUCUCCGACCUCGAUGAAGCUCGCGUUGAGGCAGCUGAGCGAGGGAGGGCACCUCAGCCUGGCGGAGGUGCUCACGAUGGAGUACCGCAUCACUCAGGGCUGCAUGAGAGGGCACGACUUUUACGAAGGGCGUGCGUGCAGUGCUCAUCGACAAAGACCAGAAGCCGGUGUGGCAGCCCAGCCGCUUGGAGGACGUCUCCGGUCAGGACCUCGACUCGUACUUCAAGUCGCUUGGACCCAGCGACCUGCAGCUCUGAACGCAGCAUCAACUUCGGUCUCAGCGAAUUUAUUUUGCGCCGGAAUAAUUGGCUUUAAUCCCCAAAUGUUUGUUCGAUCUUGGAAUCAUUACACUGGUCAACACACUUUUUCUGGCAUAAGGUAUUCCCAACGGUCUUAAGGUAAUUUUGGGGUGCUGAUUCCAAAUCUGGCAUCAGUUUUUGUCUUAUCACAUCAGGUUUUUGAGAUAUCAAAUAUUGCAUUUUCUAUAAAAACUGCAGAUGAAAAAUAUUAAAUAAAUGUGGAUAUCUACAUAAAAUGAUAUUAUAAACACACUAUCCUAAAAAUACAGCACCAUAUUUUAACACUAAAGCAGUCACUGACUCGCAACAACUUGUAAUCAUAAGUGACAGAGUUAAUUUCGGGUAAAAUCAAUGAAAAUGGGUUAUGACAAUAGCAUAAAAAUGAUGUGAUAGAGCAAAUCUGAGAUCAGAUUUGGAAUCAACACCCUUUAAUUAGUCUAAAACAGCUGCAAAAGUCCAGGCCAGAAAUUGUUUUGUUGUUGACCAGUGUUAUUUGGUAAUAUAAGCGGGUGAUAAUAUUCAGGAGGGGAGCCAAUAUUCCUGCAUAUUAGCUCCCCUUGUGAAUAUUUGUACCCCCUUAUUUAAUUACAAAAAUGUGCAAAGUCUCUAAUGCGUCAUAUUUUGCAGUUGUGCUGUGCAGCUACUCCGAUGUGUGUUUGGAUUGUGCCGCAUGUUGAUCGGAACGUUGUCCCGUCGUUCCACUUCACAUGCUGAGAGCGACUUCGGCAGCGAAAGUGAGCUGCUCAAUUCAGUGUUGGACAUCGUGCCGAACAACACGCCUCAAAACCCCUGAAACACAUUUAUAUAUUUACGCGAUCUAACCCAAAAAACUCUAUUAUGGAUGAUAUUAGGUCGCGAAAGCCUACGUGUUCAAAUCACAUGGGAGAACUCAGCACAACCGUGAAAACCUAGCGAUGUUGGUACCCUUUCUCUGAAAAUGUGUAUCUCAUUGUUUUGCAACACGGUAAUCUUUCCCUGCAUUCGUUUCUAACGAAAGCCUUAAUUUUCAGACUAAUUUCCAAACUUAUUUGUGAAGCAAUUGCUUGCAGUGUAGUUAAUUUUUUUGUACCAUCUGGUGCUAACUUUUGCAUCGACGAUUGCAUUGUCGAACCCUAACUCCCAACUCUAAUCUCUAACCCGGGGGGUACAAGGAGCAGGGAACAAGUGGUCACUGGUGGGAACAAAUCGUCGUUCCAAUUAGGAAAACAAACAUUCGCCAAAAAUUGCUUUCUGGGGUACCAAAGGUUCGGGGAAAACAAUGUUUACAUUCUAGAUUUGAAGCUUUCGUCACUGCAAGGAUUCAUACUCUUUGUUUUUUUCGGUAAAGUCACGUAGGCAAAAGAUUAAAAAAAUAAUGAAAACAACUAAAUUAAAUCACGACGUUUCAGAAGUAACACAAGCAUCGUCAUCAGGUAUGACCGCCCCAGCAAAAAUACGCUCUAGUGGUUUUGCUGGGGCAGUCAUACCUGAUGACAGAUACUUGUGUUGCUUCCGAAACGUGAUUUAAUUUAGUUUUCAUUUAUUUUGUUUACUUUAUCUUUUACCUACGUGACUUUACCGAAAAAACCAAAGAGUAAUGUGUACAUUGGACAGGGAUUUACAGUCUGGCUGAAGUGUUUGGAACAUGGAUUGCUAUUUGCAAGCGCAGUGCGGUUCACUAAGGCUGUUGUGAACGUGUAACGGGGUCGUGGCCGUUGUGACAGUGCCCUUGACACUUUGGUUACUGUGAUUCGGCGAUACUGUGAUGUAUAAAAUCGGGUCCACGGUAAUUGUGUAGUCCACUUGCAAAAUACCACAUCUUCAUUAUUGUCGAUUCUAUAUUUCUUAAAUGUUUUCUGACAAUAUUUCUGAAAUUGAAACCUCGGUAAUCAAGGUUGCAAGCAUCGCUGUGAUUGCAUUCAAUUAUUUCUCUGCGAAAUGUUUUCUGGAGUAAUUGACAGCAGUGGCAUA